UACGCAAUGACCACGCCCCCCGUGUGCUAUCUUUCCGCCGAAGUCUCAGUGAGCCGCCAAGUGACCAUCAAGCCGAAACGCACCAGAAAAUGACCGACCAAGGGCUGACGAAUGAAGCGGCUGCCGCUGCGUGUAAAGAAGGAAACCCCAUCACUAAAGACUUCAUGAUGCAGCAGACGAUGCUGCGGGUCAAGGAUCCGGUCAAAUCCCUGGAUUUCUACACACGCAUACUAGGAAUGACGCUGUUACAGAAGAUUGACUUCCCCUCCAUGCGAUUCUCCCUGUAUUUUCUGGGUUAUGAGGAUAAGAAAGAUAUUCCUUCAGAUGUGAAGGAGAAGACAGCCUGGACGUACUCCCGUCGAGCCACUAUAGAGCUCACACAUAACUGGGGCGCGGAGACAGAUGACAGCCAGUCUUACCACAACGGCAACUCAGACCCAAGAGGCUUUGGCCAUAUUGGAAUCGCUGUACCGGAUGUCUAUGCUGCCUGCAAGCUGUUUGAAGAGAAUGGAGUGACCUUUGUAAAAAAGCCAGAUGAUGGUAAAAUGAAGGGCCUGGCCUUUAUUCAGGAUCCUGAUGGAUACUGGAUUGAGAUUCUCAGCCCCAACAACAUGGUGUCCAUCACUUCUUAAAGACUGUUGUCCGGCUCUGACCUGAUCAGAAGACACUAGUUAUGAUAAUCAAGGACAGAUGGGAUUGUUCUGUGGACAGCAUGGAAAGCAGUGCACAAUCAAGACUGACGAUCUU